AUGGCGUCCACCCUGCCACCGACUCAAGCUCCAGCGAAUCAGGAAUACGCUGGUGACGAGAUCAAUGCGCUCAUACUCGACCCCGGCAGCUACUCGACAAGAGCCGGCUUCGCAGGCGAAGACACUCCCAAAUCCGUGGUACCCUCCUCAUACGCUGUCCGCGAUGGGUCGAAACUGUUCGGCGAGAACGCGAUCCAUCUCUACCAACCUGGAUUGGAGAUACGGAAUCCUUACAACAGCGACGGCAUAGUGGACGACUGGGACACGGCAUCACGAUUAUGGGAGUACAGCGUUACAUCGAGACUGACGGGAUCGCGGCAGACACCACCUUCGCGCAAUGGCCUGAACAAUCUGUCAGAACAGGAGAAGAAGGACGCAGAAGGAGACACAGCAAUGGAUUUGGACGAGCAGGCAGAACAAUUGGACGACCAAGAGAAAGUGCUUGGCGAGUACCCGCUGUUGAUGAGCGAGCCGGCGUGGAAUCCUCAAAAGGCGCGAGAAAAGACGAUGGAGAUUGCCAUGGAAGAAUGGGGCGUGCCUGCCUUCUUUCUGGCUAAGAACGGACAGCUCGCGGCAUACUCACAAGGAAAGGCUACUGCACUUGUCAUUGACAUCGGGCACUUGAACACAUCGAUAACGGCGCUGUGGGAAGGAAUGGUGCUGAAGAAAGGAUGUGUCCACACUCCACUAGCGGGCAACUGGAUCAACGAACAAUUGCGACUCAUGUUUAGCAGCAUGAGCGCACCGCUCACACCCCACUUCAUGGUGAAGACAAAACAGCCAGUCGAUGCCGGUGCACCUUCGAACGCCACAUACAUCCAGUUCCCGAAACCGCCGACAGACUCGUUCCGAAGACUAGAGGAAGAGAGGGUCUUGACGGCAUUCAAGGAGAGCGUGGUGCAAGCCUGGGGAGGACCCAGUCGACUGGAGAACGGCCCAAGUCAAGGUGCGACUACCAACGCUGACUACGUUCGAAGUCUGCCUCCGAAGCCUUUCGAAAUGCCUGACGGCUGGAACCAAGUCUUCGGCAUCGAGCGCUUCAAGGUCGCAGAAGGCCUCUUCGACAGCGCUGCUGCAUACACAGAUGCAUCACAUCCGGCACCAUCGGGCGAGCAGACCAUUGUAUCAGCAGCAAAGAACGCCAUCAACGCCUGCGAUGUCGAUACAAGGCCACAUCUGAUGAAUAACAUCAUCCUCACUGGAGCCGGAUCUCUCAUCGCAGGCCUACCCGAGCGGAUACAGUCAGAUCUGCAGGCUCUCUUCCCCAACCCAAAGAUUCGUGUCAUUGCCAACUCUAACAGUGUUGAGCGAAAGUAUGGUGGAUGGAUUGGUGGGAGUGUUUUGGGUAGUCUGGGGACGUUCCACCAGAUGUGGAUCUCGCGGCAGGAGUAUGAGGAGUUUGGUGCGGCGAUUAUCGAGAAGAGGUGCAAGUAG